GCAGCCUCGAAACACCACCGCUGUUCAAUAUGGCUGGUCUCGCGAUCGACCACGCGGCCGCGGCGCAGGCUGUUAUCGACGACGAGCACGAUACCCAGCACGAUGAGCAUCACAUCCACCGGCACUCGGUCCACCACCGGCUGCGGGCAAGCAGCUCUAUCAUGCAAUUGAAGAAGAUUUUGGUGGCCAACCGCGGCGAGAUCCCAAUUCGCAUCUUCCGUACCGCCCACGAGCUGUCCCUCCACACCGUGGCCGUCUACAGCCAUGAGGACCGCCUCAGCAUGCACCGACAGAAGGCUGACGAGGCCUACGAGAUUGGACACCGGGGACAGUACACGCCCGUUGGGGCCUACCUCGCGGGCGAUGAGAUUAUCAAAAUCGCCCUUGCCCACCAGGUCAACAUGAUCCAUCCCGGCUACGGCUUUCUCUCCGAGAACGCUGAAUUCGCGCGCAAUGUGGAGAAGGCAGGCCUCAUUUUCGUAGGACCAUCGCCCGACACGAUCGAUGCCCUUGGCGACAAGGUGUCUGCGCGCAGGCUCGCUAUCAAGUGCGAUGUCCCGGUUGUCCCCGGCACCCCCGGGCCGGUCGAGAGGUUCGAGGAGGUCAAGGAGUUCACUGACCAGUAUGGCUUCCCGAUCAUCAUCAAGGCUGCCUUCGGCGGCGGUGGGCGAGGCAUGCGCGUGGUCCGUGAGCAGGGGACGCUGAAGGAGUCGUUUGAGCGCGCUACGUCAGAGGCCAAAUCGGCAUUCGGCAAUGGCACCGUUUUCGUGGAGCGCUUCUUGGAUAAGCCGAAGCAUAUCGAGGUCCAGCUGCUGGGCGACAACCUCGGCAAUGUCGUGCAUCUGUACGAGCGCGACUGCAGUGUGCAACGGCGUCACCAGAAGGUCGUCGAGCUUGCUCCCGCCAAGGAUCUUCCCCAGGAGACCCGCGAGGCUAUCCUCAACGACGCCGUCAGGCUCGCUAAGUCGGUCAACUACCGCAACGCAGGCACCGCUGAGUUCCUCGUCGACCAGCAGAACCGCUACUACUUCAUCGAGAUCAACCCCAGAAUCCAAGUCGAACACACCAUCACCGAGGAGAUUACCGGCAUUGAUCUCGUCGCCGCCCAGAUCCAGAUCGCCGCUGGUGCGUCGCUCGAGCAGCUUGGCUUGACCCAGGACUCCAUCUCCACCCGCGGCUUUGCCAUCCAGUGCCGUAUCACCACCGAGGACCCGGCCAAUGGCUUCGCCCCGGAUACGGGCAAGAUCGAAGUCUACCGUUCCGCUGGCGGCAACGGUGUCAGGCUGGACGGCGGCAACGGCUUCGCUGGUGCCAUUAUUACCCCACAUUACGACUCUAUGUUGGUCAAGUGCAGUUGCCAUGGAUCCACAUAUGAGAUCGUACGACGAAAGAUGCUUCGCGCCCUUGUCGAAUUCCGUAUUCGUGGCGUCAAGACCAAUAUCCCCUUUUUGAUCAAGCUUCUCACAAACCCCACCUUCAUUGAGGGAACUUGCUGGACUACCUUCAUCGACGAUACCCCUGCGCUGUUUGACCUGGUUGGCAGCCAGAACCGCGCCCAGAAACUCCUUGCUUACCUUGGUGACCUUGCCGUCAAUGGUAGUCAAAUCAAGGGCCAGAUUGGCGAGCCCAAGUUCAAGGGUGACAUCAUCAUGCCAGUCCUCCACGACUCCAGUGGUAACAAGGUCGACACCUCCCAGCCCUGCCAAAAGGGAUGGAGGAACAUCAUCGUCAAGGAAGGCCCCGAGGCGUUUGCCAAGGCGGUUCGAGCAAAUAAGGGGACAUUGAUCAUGGACACCACUUGGCGGGACGCCCACCAGUCCCUCUUGGCAACCCGCGUCCGGACUGUCGACAUGCUGAACAUUGCCACAGAGACUAGCCACGCCUAUAGCAAUGCUUGGGCACUCGAGUGCUGGGGUGGAGCCACUUUCGACGUUGCUAUGCGAUUCCUUUAUGAGGAUCCGUGGGACAGGCUCAGGAAGAUGAGGAAGCUAGUACCCAACAUUCCUUUCCAGAUGCUUCUCAGAGGCGCCAAUGGUGUUGCAUAUUCAUCGCUCCCCGACAACGCGAUCUUCCACUUCGUUGAGCAGGCCAAGAAACACGGCGUCGACAUCUUCCGCGUAUUCGAUGCGCUCAAUGAUGUUGACCAACUGGAGGUCGGUGUCAAGGCCGUCCUCAAGGCCGGUGGUGUUGCGGAAGCGACCGUCUGUUACAGUGGUGAUAUGCUGAACCCUAAGAAGAAGUACAAUCUUGAAUACUACAUGAACGUGGUCGACAAGAUUGUAGCCAUGGGUGCACACGUUCUGGGCAUCAAGGACAUGGCCGGUGUUCUGAAGCCUAGGGCUGCUACCCUGCUUAUUGGAGCUAUCCGAAAGAAAUAUCCGGAUCUUCCAAUCCACGUCCAUACCCAUGACUCUGCCGGUACUGGUGUCGCCUCCAUGGUCGCCUGCGCUUAUGCUGGCGCCGAUGCCGUUGACACUGCUAUCGAUAGCAUGUCCGGCAUGACUUCCCAGCCAAGCGUUGGUGCCCUCUUGGCUUCCCUCGAGGGUACUGAUCAUGACCCCGGUCUCGAUGGACACAUGGUCAGGCAUCUGGACAACUACUGGGCACAGCUCCGCCUGCUGUACUCUCCCUUCGAAGCCGGCCUUACAGGCCCCGACCCCGAAGUCUAUGAGCAUGAAAUCCCUGGUGGCCAACUCACCAACCUCAUCUUCCAGGCCUCGCAACAAGGCCUUGGCGAGCAAUGGGCCCAAACCAAGAAGGCCUAUGAGCAAGCCAACGAUCUCCUUGGCGAUAUUGUCAAGGUUACUCCCACAUCCAAGGUCGUCGGUGACCUGGCUCAAUUCAUGGUCUCUAACAACCUCUCCUACGACGACGUGCUCGCAAAGGCUGAGCAGCUCGACUUCCCGUCCUCCGUCCUCGAGUUCUUCGAGGGCCUCAUGGGCCAACCCUACGGCGGCUUCCCCGAACCCCUCCGCUCGCAGGCCCUCCGUGACCGCCGCAAGAUGGACAAGCGGCCAGGUGCUUACCUCGAGGCUGUUGAUCUUGUGAAGGUCAAGGCCGACCUCAAGUCCAAGUGGGGCGAUGCCACCGAGUGUGACGUCGCGUCGUACGUCAUGUAUCCCAAAGUCUUCGAGGACUACAAGAAGUUCACGAGCAAAUACGGCGACCUCUCUGUCCUGCCGACACGCUACUUCCUCGCCCGUCCCGAGGUCGGAGAGGAGUUCCACGUUGAGCUGGAGAAGGGUAAGGUGCUUAUCCUCAAGCUUCUUGCUAUCGGCCCGUUGAGCGAGCAGACUGGGUUGAGGGAGGUGUUCUACGAGAUGAACGGUGAGGGCCGAACAGUCACGGUCGAGGAUCAGCACGCGGCGGUUGAGAAUGUCAGCAGGCCGAAGGCGGAUCCCACCGAUAGCAGCCAGGUCGGCUCGCCGAUGGCAGGUGUGGUUGUUGAAGUGCGCGUGCAUGACGGCUCGGACGUCAUGAAGGGAGAUCCGAUUGCUGUGCUCAGUGCUAUGAAGAUGGAAAUGGUCAUCUCAGCACCGCACUCGGGCAAGGUCAGCCACCUAGGCGUGCGCGAGGGCGACUCGGUCGGCGCGCAAGACUUGGUGUGCAAGCUUGUCAAGUAAAAUGAUUAGCUAUUCUUAGCAGGGGACAAAAUUUUAGCCGCGUUUUGCAAGCGGUUGUUGGAUUGAGAUUUAUGUUGGUACGAUACUGUUGAUUGGUAGUCGGGUCAAAUCGAUUACGCCGCCGGGUCUAGUUACGUAGCUAGUUCUAUAACGAUAUGAAGAUCCUUAUACAUACAG